UUACUAGCAGUACUUAGUAGCGCGAGUCUACUCCCAUCAUCACUACCUAACGGUCCGGACCGAGCGAAACGUCCAGGAAACGCUCUGCUGCUGGGAGGAGGUAUUACCGACAUUACGUCUCUGGCAGCGGGUCGUAGACACCUCUUCUUCGGAAACACUUCCACACGGCUGUCGCUGUUCUCGGUCCAAGCAAAGCAGUAAAAGGAAGAAAAAAAAAAUAAUCUAACAAGCCGCGGGCUCGUGUUCGCUGCGCACUGGUAGCCAGUGCUGAGGGAAAGCAGAGCAAACCCAGCCCCACCUGACUGGAGACGGGAUCACGACCACAGCUCCAGCCGCGCACACCGCCUCCACCUCCGCCAUGCAGACCUCCGUCCUUCUCCUCCUCUCCCGAACCCUCCUCCUGUCUCUCCUCAUCCCCACCUGCGCCUCCCAGAACGAGGCUGAGACCAUCGUCCAGACGCGUACCGGUCGAGUACGAGGCGUCCACAUGCCGUUGCCGGACCGGAGCUACGUCACCACAUUCCUGGGCAUCCCCUUCGCAGAACCGCCGGUGGGGAAGCAACGCUUCCGCCGCGCCGAGCCCAAGCGCCCGUGGACAGGGGUGUACGAGGCCAACGCCUACCCCAACGCCUGCUACCAGUUUGUCGACACGUCGUUCCCCGGCUUCCAGGGCAGCGAGAUGUGGAACCCCAACAGAGAGAUGAGCGAGGACUGCCUGUACCUCAACGUCUGGGUGCCCUCUUCGCCCAGACCGCACAACCUCACUGUCAUGGUGUGGAUCUACGGCGGAGGGUUCUACAGUGGUUCUUCUUCUCUGGACGUCUAUGAUGGCCGCUACCUAGCUCACAGUGAGACGGUCAUCGUGGUCUCCAUGAACUACCGGAUCGGUGCUCUGGGCUUCCUCGCUUUACAUGGCUCCUCUGAGGCUCCUGGCAACGUGGGUCUUCUCGACCAGAGGAUGGCGCUGCAGUGGGUCCAGGACAACAUCCAUUUCUUUGGUGGAAACCCCAAACAGGUGACUAUCUUUGGUGAGAGUGCUGGCGGAGCUUCAGUAGGGUUCCACCUCUUAUCUCCGGACAGCCGGCCCACCUUCACCAGGGCCAUCCUCCAGAGCGGAGUCCCCAACUGUCCCUGGGCCUCAGUCAGCCCCGCUGAGGCGCGCAGACGGGCCACGCAGCUGGGCAAGCUGGUCGGCUGCAAUGGAGGCAACGACACCGAGAUGGUGGACUGUCUGCGCGGCAAAAACCCGCAGGAGCUUAUUGACCAGGAGUGGCAGGUUCUGCCGUGGUCGGCGCUCUUCCGCUUCCCGUUCGUCCCGGUCGUGGACGGCGAGGUCCUGCCCGACACGCCCGAGGCCAUGCUCAACUCGGGCAACUUCAAAGACACUCAGAUCCUUCUCGGGGUCAACCAGGACGAGGGCUCCUACUUCCUGCUGUACGGAGCUCCGGGCUUCAGCAAGGACAACGAGAGCCUGAUCUCAAGAGAGGACUUCCUGGAAGGGGUCAAGCUGGGCGUGCCUCACGCUAACGACAUCGGCCUGGAGGCAGUGGUGCUGCAGUACACCGACUGGAUGGACGAGAACAACGGGGUGAAGAACCGCGACGCCAUGGACGACGUGGUGGGCGACCACAACGUCAUCUGCCCGCUGGCCCACUUUGCUCGCAUCUACGCUCUGCACAGCGCCCUCAAGUCCAGCUCGGGAGGGGCGGUGACCAGCGGAUCUAACUCCCAGGGAGGGGUCUACGCCUACCUGUUCGAUCACCGAGCGUCCAACCUGGCCUGGCCGGAGUGGAUGGGCGUCAUCCACGGCUACGAGAUUGAGUUUGUCUUCGGCCUGCCACUGGAGAAGAGACUCAACUACACCUUAGAAGAGGAGAAACUGAGCCAACGCAUGAUGAAAUACUGGGCCAACUUUGCAAGAACCGGAAAUCCCAAUGUGAACCACGACGGGCUCGUAGACAGCAGGAAGCGCUGGCCUCUGUUCACCGUCAGCGAGCAGAAACACGUCGGACUCAACACUGAACCAAUGAAGGUCCACAAAGGUCUGAGGAACCAGAUGUGCGCUUUUUGGAACCGCUUCCUGCCACGCCUCCUUAACAUCACUGACAACAUCGACGAGGCAGAGCGUCAGUGGAAGGUGGAGUUCCACCGCUGGUCUUCCUACAUGAUGCACUGGAAGAGUCAGUUUGACCACUACAGCAAGCAGGAGCGCUGCACUGACCUCUAAGCCUCAGCAGAGAGAUGAGAGAAUGUCAGGGAGGGGGAGGCAGAGAGAACAAGCUGUGGCCAUUUUCCUCCAUAGCCCCCCUUUGAAGUCUAACUUCAUUCAAACUUUUUAAUUUAUUGUUUUUCUGUUUCAGUCCACACACAAACACAGGCACUGUUGAUUUUUAGUUGUCUUAUUUAUACUAUUUAUUUCUUUUGAUUUUUUUCUGAGUUUGUGUGUGUCUGUGGAAAUUAAGGGCUAUGGAGGGAAGCUGUCAUUGAAUAUUAGAAAUGUCAAAGAUGUGUCAUUACCUCGGGUGUGUGUGAUUGUGUGUGUGUGUGUGUGCAUGUCUGCAUGGGUGCAUAUGAGUGUGUGUUUAACUAAAAUCUCUACAGGCCCAUGACAUUGCACCGCUGCUGGUUUACUGUUGCUGCACUCGUCUUCGUGUUGAUCUCGUAAACUCAUCUUUUGGUUUCCGGACGAUUCCUUCUUUCCAGCACAUCAGGGUUCUUCUGGUUUUUCUGUCGAGGCCUUUUUAGUCAUGUUCUUGUUAUGACCACUAUUCUUUGUCUUGUGUAUUUCUCAUGUGGUAAAGCCAUAAGCUGGGUUGCAUCAAAGUGUUUAUGUGUGUAAAGGCUCCAUGGACACUAAACUCCCCACAUAUCUCUAUUUAUGGGGAAAUCACUUAAUGGUAGUUUGUUGUGAUAUGAAAGUUGUCAAACGAUAUCCUUUGACCUAUAUUGCCUCAUUUGGACUUCAAAAUGUCUCUGAAUGAGCUUUGACUGGCGCAUGCUUCUGCUUCUGCGUGUGCGUUUGCGUCUUGUGUCGACGAACUCGCUUCAAUUGAAGGUUCUCAAAAGGCUUGCGCGUGUUGCAAAGCAAUUCACCUCUGGAACAAUAGGUGGAGUAACGUUUUUUGUCAAAGACGACCUAGAGAAUGAGAUCUUUGUGUGUGGAAGUCGUUGGUUUGUUUAUUUAUUUAUCAGAGAUUUUUUUCAGCCACUGCUGCUUUUCAUCGCCUUUUUUUCACGCACGUAUUUGUCCCGUAUUUUCCUCCACAACUUUGUACACCCCUCGACCGGCAAAACAGACGUUUGCGGAGAUCUCCCUCCAUGAAUUGGAGGCCACGCGUCCUUAUAGUCCGCCAAUGACGGGUUGUAUAAGUGGUCAUAUUUACGGAUUAAGCUCUUCAAUCUGAUUCAUUCUCUCGUAAUUUUUUUUUUAAACCCUAACCCACUGUGAUACUCCAUAAUACCCCUAUGGGUCAUAGAACCGCCAUUUAAGAAACACUAAAGCCAAAGCUAUGCUCUUGUAGAUUUUGAUGUCACUGAGAGCCUCGUGUACUCUCGACUUUUGCUCCCACUUAAGGCGUAUUUGUUACGCAAGGUACGCAUAGAAUGGCGAGGUAUGUACCAACAAACUACACGGAGGUAAAAUCUGAAAAUGGCAAAUUGCGCUUUUCCGUGUCAUGCAUAUGCAUUCACGGGAGGGUCAAGGGGAAAGUGGGAGUUUCCCAUUAAGAGACAUGGGAGGGAAUGUGUAAAUGUGUGCACCUAAUUCCGCGGUAUGUACAGAAACCGACAGUUAAAGUGCGCCUCCGUUUUGCGGUGAAACUUCUCCGCCUCUUGCAAGCGGGUGUAAACCAAAAUGCAGGUUUCCUCACAUAUGGCUCCUGGGGACAUGACAGCAUUAACCCAGACGGCGACAUAGGCCAAGGAGACGAGCUGAAAGGAUUUUUGACACAAUCACACUUUUUCAGUUGAGUGAACACACAAUCAUUACGUGUUACACAUUAAGCAGUCAUGCAGUAUUACAGUUAGGGAACUAUUGGAAGAUAUUUAAAGAUGACAUUGCAUCUCUCUGAGAUGAUCCAUGAUAGAAAGAGCGAAGGAGGCCCAUUGACUUGCGUGUUUAAAUGCUAGCAAUGUGCAGUACAAUGGGCGGAGAAAGUCGCUGAUAACGCUACGUUUGUAAAUGUAGUACAUGAGUGCCACAGUGUACACUCACUGAAUUUUCUUUUUCAUUUUUUUGGAGCAUGGACUUCCCAUAAAGCCACUACGGAACAUUUUAAGGAUGUCUCAAUUGUCUGGUAGCAUCCAGAAUGCCGCUGCUCUGCAAUGAAAUUAAAAAUUGGAAAUGUUUUCAAGCUUUGUACACUUUUGUGCUUCAUUUGUAGAAGAUAUUUGUACGUUAUUGUGAAGGUUAGGGUUAGGUUCGUGAAUCAGUUGCUAGAGGGAGGGAUGUUGGAAAAACGAGACACUGUGUGUUACCCUCAAUAAGAUUUAAAAAAUUGGUACAUUGUUUGCAAUAUGAUACAUUAAACCAUCUAACCAUUCGAUACAGUCUGAUAUAGAAAAUGUGUUGUGUCUCUAAACUAGACACCAUAGACUAUGUUGACAACAUCUGUACCCAGCUAGCUACUACAUUAGUGUAGCAGUGGUAUACUAAGCGGUGGAAGAUAACCAUGCUAGCUCAUUUUUGCGACAACUCAUAGCAUGCUAGCUAGGUUGUUCCCCGCCAGCGACUACCAGCUAGCAUACUUGACGUGCUGGCCAGGCUGCAGCGCUCUGCUACCAUCUCCGCUCCCCUAAACACACACAUUGACUCUUCUCUCGCAGAUAGGACGUAAAAAGCUGCUCCGGGGGAGCUAUUUUUCACUGUAUUGGUUAAUGACGGAUGCAUCCGUUUUAAAUUCCUCUCAGAAAUUGUGUUUUGAGCUGACAAUGCUGUAGCUUAGAUUGUUGUAUUGAUUUUCGUACACACUUUAAAUUCCUCCUUAUUUGAAAAAUGAACCCUUUAAAAAUACAAUAUAUGUCUUGUGGGUUUUAAUCCAAAUGGUUUUGCUGGAAGGUGAGCUCCACCAUAGCUGACAUUGAGGAACCAGGGGUCAUGUCAUCCGUAUUGUUUCAGGAACCGUUAUUAUACUGAAUAACCGCACAGUCUUGUGUGCGCUGUCUUCUGCUUCUGUCUUCUCAUCUACUCAGUGUCGUGUGCAGCUGUGAUGUCUUUCAUUAACAUGCCUCUCUCCCCACUCUCCCUGCUGCUUUAUCUCUCUGCCGGGUACCUUUGCACGUCUUCGUCUUCUUCUUCUGCUUUUUUCUGUCCUCCUUAUUCCAGCUUCCAUCUUCCAUCUUCCUCCCCUUCAUUUGAUUUUUUUUUCCACCAACCGCCCACCAACCUCCACUCCUUCCCCACCCUUCUUCUCCAUCACCAGAGGGAGAAGAACACCUGUUUCAUCUUCAUCUCUAGUCAACCUCCACUCACCCUCCUGCCUCUCGUACCUUCAAGCCUUCAUCCGUCACUCCCUCCUCCCCACCUUCGCUCUUCAAUCCUCUCUUUAUACCCUUGGAUCUUUGCUCCUUCCACCUCAUCAAACUUCUUCCCCUCUCCAUCGCCCAUCUCCCAGUUUCCCAUCACCCCCCCCCCCCCCCCCCCCCAGUCAUCUCUCUCCGUCCUCCUGCUUUCUCGUUAGUCUAAUGGAGGCAGAGUAAUUCACUCAGCUGCAGGGUAAUGUGACAGGGCGCUUGCUCAGCCUCUGGCCUGCGAGCCGAACAGGACUCAUUGGGUGGAUGGAUGGAUGGAGGUGGAAGGUAUAGAGAUGAGGCAAGGAGAAAGGGACAGAGGAGAGGAGGGCAGGAUAGAGGGUGGGCAGAGAUGUGAUGGAAAGAUGAAAAGACAGUCAGAGAAACGCAUUACAUAACACUCUCUCUCCUUAGGAAAUGUUUGUGAGCUGGUUUCAGCUUACACAUGUGGCACCGACAUUGAAUUAUUGAUAUGUAGUUGAAAUAUUUUAAUCUCCCUAUGGCCUUUAUUUAAGUAUUGUGGUUUACUGACAACAACAAACUAUUAUAAGGCUUAUUUACUUGAAUCAUUUCACGGGGGGGUUGUACCUUCAUUACAAUGAGAUAUUUUUAUUUAACAGCAUUCAUUGCUGUGAAAAGAAAACUUAGAAAAAUGGUUUAGCUGUUCAGAGCCCAGAAAGUCCUCAAACAUAACGUUACAUGUGCUUUAGGUUAUGUGCAUGCACAGAUUAACUUUCAAGUUUCAUGUAUGUACAAGUUAAUGUCCUGUUUCCACAGGAUCUGUAUGUUGUAAGCAUACAAUGUUAUCUUGUGAUCAGAACAAAAUGGUGUGGUUCAUAGGUUUUUAGCUGGUUGGCAAUGCAUCUGGAUCUUGUGUGCACAAAAUGUUGAUUCCGCUCGAUAAGAACUGUGCAAAGGUUCCAUAUGUUGUCAGAUCCCCCAAAAAGUAUGACCAAUGUGCUAUCCUACAUUGCAUGCAAAUAAUAAAAGAUAAAAUCGUCCAGAACCUUUGAGACUCUCCAACAAAAAUCUUUUAUCUGCUGAAUGGGACAUUUGCCUUUCACUACCUUCUCACUCCUGUUGACUGUGCAUUAUUGGUCCAUCUACCACCCUUUUUAUCACUGAGUGUGUAUGUGUGUGUAUGACUGUGUGUGGGGAUGUGUGUGUGUGUGUGUGUGUGGGUGGGUGGGUGUGUGUGUAUAAUGUACUCACUGUACUUGCCUGUCGACCUAUGCCAUUUUUAUUUACUAACACUGGGAGGAACUUGAAUCAGCGCUAUGAUUGGCUGAUUUCUGUCCCGGCAAAGCGUCUCUGUUGGCAUGUUAAGCUCCUAUUUAUGGAUCGGAGUAGAGUAGUCUAGCUUUAAAAAGAACUAAAUAUGAAUAAAGGGCACCUGAUGUCCUAAAUACCAGUGGAGAAUGCAUGUGUGAUUGGCUGUGUGAGUGACAGCUUCUCCGGCUCCUCUCAUCCAAUGGGAGACCCAGCUUAAGCCCUCCUUUCUUGCCCUCCUAUCAGAACCUUGUGCAUGUCCUUGUCCACCCGUCCCAAGCAUACCCUUCCAAACUUGGACUGUUAUUUUCUGUAAAAAUUUGUACUUUUGAACAAAACUAUUAUCAAAGUCACUUAAUAUAUAUCUAAUGUUAGGUAUGUUUUAAUGUUAGCAAUAAGGUAAAUACAUCAGUAAAGGAAUAUAUUUGAUAUUUAAAUGCAGUGAAAAUAUAAUGUGACAAAACAACAAUGAUGAUGGAUAGAGGUUGUGUUUUAAAAGCAAUAUUAUUCUGUGUAAACUAAAAAUGAGUGCCAUAAAUCUUUUUUCUUGUGUUUGUUCUGUUUGACUUUGUUUACCGGUCCUCUGCCUCAUCAAUGUUUGUUCCGGUCACUAGUACUGUAAGUGUUGAAGGCUUCUGUAGCUUCCCAGUAUGUCUCUGUGUAUCAUGAAUGCUGACUUGGUUAAGCUAUAGCAACAGAAAUAAAGACACCCAGCUGCUUCUGUC